AUGGACAAAGUGCGGACCAUGACUACCGGGGCCAGCCUCUCCUCCACCUUCUGGCCGUACGCGCUUGAGUACGCUACAUGGUUACACAACCGCAUCAGCUGCAGCAGCAACCCAUCUGCGCACUCACCGUACUAUAUGAUGACGGGGAAACCUGCGGACGUGUCCAUGGCACGAACCUUUGGCUGCCUCUGCUAUUACCUUCCUCCACAAGGCAGCUUUGGCAAGUUUGAGCAGAGAGGCCGAGCUGGCAUGUUCCUCGGCAUCUCCAACGUUCGGAAAGCGUGGAUCGUGCGGGACAUGGCAAGUGACGUGGACACGGACACUCGGUCUGCUCGCUUCUUUGAUGACCUCAUGUUGCCGGACGCAGAAUCUCUCCUCGAACGAGUACUGCUGGAGCUGGAAAUGAUGCAGUCGGAGUCUGAUCCAUCACUGUUCAUCUGGAGGAGGGCUGGAAAAGAUACGGUGUGGCUGCUCACUUACGUGGAUGACAUCCUCAUUCAGUCUAAUGAUGAGGAAGGCAUCCAAGCAGUCAUUCAACACUUGAAGGACAACUUCACCUUGACCGUCAACUCGACCAUGACACAAUUUCUGGGUUUGAAUGUUACUACUUCCCGCAACACCAUAUCAUUGGGACUCACCAAGUACAUCAAACAAGCGUUGGCAAACUAUGGGAUGGAGGAGUGCCGCUCUGGAGUACGAACACCGAUUUCCAAGGAACCUGGACCUCAGGGGGAGUCACCUGAAGAGGUGGACAAUCAGCGGGUGAUGCAGCAGGUUGGGGCGCUGCUAUAUGUCUCUACAGCAGGAAGGCCAGACAUCACCUUUGCCACGCAUGUGCUCGCCAGACAGGCCAGCAAGCCAACGGCAACAACUGUGCUCGGAAUUCGGCGUGUGUUCAAGUAUCUGCAGAAUACGGCUGAGAUUGGAUUGGUUUAUGGAGAGGGAGACUUGGUGCUUCGUGGAUACACAGACUCUGACUAUGCAAAUGAGGAUGGAUGUCACUCGGUGGGCGGCUAUGUGUUUACGCUGGGGGGAGCUGCUGUCAGCUGGAGGACGAAACGGCAAACGGUCAUCGCUACCUCCACAACAGAAGCUGAGUACAUCGCCAUGUUUGAAGGAGCAAGGGAAGCAGCUCACCCGCGGCGACUGUGUGCCGACCUUGGCUUUCCACAGAGAGAACCCACAGUUCUUUAUGUGGAUAACCAGAGUGCGAUUGCCCUUGGAAAAGGGGAACAAAUGAGUCAGCGCACCAAGCACAUGGAGGUGCGUUACCACUGGACCCGUAAAGCAGUGCGUGAUGGCGUGGUAUGGUUGGAGUACUGUCCAACAACCAAGCAAGCAGCCGAUUACCUUACCAAACCGGUCACCUCCAAGCAGCAUCUCACCUGCAGUGUUCUGAGUGGGCUUCAACCAAUUCCCCCUGGUGUACCAUCUGGAGACAUUCGCCAUGUCAAGAAUGCUGAUGUUGUGCUCAAUUGUGCGGCCUCUUCAAGCGGUGCUGCACCACAUGGCGUCACCUAA